CGGCUUCUUAGCUUUCAUAUCUGAAAAUUCAAUUCCUAUAACAUGAAAUCAUUCGGCUGAUCAGCGCCACUCUCGCGGACUUCUUUUGUCGUUCAACCUCUUGAAACAGUGGUGCUAACCUGUCCAAGCACUCUGCCGACGAAGAGGAUGGCAAGAUCCCGCAUACGAGUGCUCCCGUGAUCCGAGUGGCUACACCUGUACAGUCUUGGUGAAUGGUCAAGAAUACCAGACAGAUAUUGCAUAUGAAUCGAAUAGUUUGGCUCAGGAUAAUGCAGCUAUGAGAGCGUUCAUGGUGUGCCGAAAUUUUUCUAGUAAUGGGGGCAUGUUAACCCGUCACGUCGUUUCCGUCCGCGGAUCUUCGCCCAGUGUUUCCCAUAUGGUGAAGAGGCAAACACGCGGACACGAGUCGAGAAGUACCUCAACUGAGUAUAGUGAGGAAAGCAGCGAGUAUGUUGCCGCCGAUAGCCUUUUUUCUAGGCGUUCCAUCAUCUCCACAUCCUCGUCUAGACCCCAGAGUCUACUGAGUAAGGAUUACUUGGAACCGAGGUCUUCGUUCCCCACCCCUAUACAGUUCAAGAAUGCACUUGCUACAGCAAAUAGUCGUUUGGUACAUGAUCUUUUGCAAAAUUCCUUUCACGAAAUUGCCACUGAUGAAUACGAGUGGCUUCUUGAGUUACAAAUUCUGGGAUACUCAGCCCAGGAGAUUGCAGACAUACUGCUAGAAAAGUCGUGCUAUGGGCCGUGUGUGUUUGCGGAAUUACAAAUUCCUGAUGUUGAAGGAUUUGUGGAUGGCCUCCAUCAAGAAGGGUGUGUGCACUAUGGCGCGGCCAACUCUGAAGCUGAGUUCCUUGUCAGAUCAUUGAGAGAGACUGCAUUUCAGACCGAAGAUGGAGAAGAAAGUAAUAAGACAUUGCUAACCCCUCUCGAAAGUAUCCAAUAUUUCUGUGGUGUGGGUGGCGUCAAACCAACGCAUACUGGACAAGCCGAACUGCUUUUCGGUUUUCUCUCCUUUGAGGACUAUAAUACGACUGCAAUAUCAUCACUAAAUGGGGAUCACGCGACAGAAAAUGUACUAAGCAGUCUAGGGAAAGCAACUGGCAUACUGCAGCUGCUGCAUGGUUGCUGUGAUUCCUUCACAUUUCUUUUGUUACAAUCCUCUUGUGCAGAGCUAGUACGGAUGAAUUUGGGAUCCAAUCAAAGUUCAAAUGAUAUUCCCGUGGACAAAAUAUUUCCUAAAAUAUCCAACAGGUUACUACAGCCACGCACUCUCGCAGCUCAAUUUCUCUCUCUAGCCUUUCUUUCAUACUCUCAGGCACACUGUGGAGAUAUCAGGCCAUUCUUCUUGGAUACACCGCUCAAGCGUGUCAUAUUGAUGGGCGAUCAGAGAUGGUCGGCAGAUUUCGAUGGCCCAUGCAUUGUGGGCUCACUGGUUGAACUUAGUUGCUUCGGUGAUAUGCUGCGACAGCCCGUCUUUGCCUUUCAAUGUCUGGAUCAAUACAGACCCGAAGCCAUCUCGGAAAAGAGACUCAAGGUGGAUUUGGUAGCUAGCCCCGAGGAUAUUUUGGAUACCUGGGGCCCUGGCGGGUUCAUGGCACCUAUUAACGACAAGGAGAACCUUUACGCCAUUUCUAUAGGAGGCGGGCUGAUAACACCGGUAUCUACGAAUCCAGUUUUGUUGCACUGGGACCUGACGAAGCAGCUCGAUCCUCACCCUACGAUGACGUUUCAUCGCACAAAGAAGGUGCGCAUCGGAGCGAAGGUCUCUAGAAAUGAUAACUGUCAAGCAAAGCCACAAGAGCAAUUGACUUUAGCCUUCUCGAUGUUGGAAGAGCUAGGGACGUACCCAAGUUACUGGGAAGUAUCGGAGAGACAGUUAGGAUUUGGCUUGCAAGCCGGGCAAAGCACUAUCGCAUUCAUACAGUUCAAUCAAACAUGGGUUAAACGCUGCGGUAUGACCAAGAAGUCGAGAAUGCUGGCUCAAAAGGCAAUGUAUAUAGCUGAUCUCGAAGGCUACUUCGGUAUACAAGUCAGCGUGUGUACCGGUAUUGCCCGUAGGGUUCGACUUCGAGAUCUGCUAGCCGAUGUCCUUCCGGCCUACGUUGGCGCUCUCGUCGCCAAACCUCCAGGCUGGAAAUCCCUGAUGGAGGACUUCAACAUAUUGCAAGCGCUCAAAGAGAGCAACUUAAGUACGUGGCUGGAGAGUCUGGACAGCAACCUACAGAAAACCUUCGAAAGCUUAGUACUUGCCAUCCUCUUCCUCUUACAAGACACAGGCGUGGAUCGCAAGGGCGAGAACUUCACCGUCGGAUGCAUCCAACCUGAUAUACCGUUCCAAUGCUUCAACAUUCCCUGCAGAAGCCAAAAUUACUGGGCUCGCAUGGUUGCAGAUUCUGAAGACAUUGCCACUUUUGCAUAUGUUACGACCCAGUGCCUUGAAACAGACGUGGUUAAGUGCCAGGGGUCUGAUGCGCACUGGGCGAAUUCAACAGCCCUCUUGUGGACAGCCGUCUCUUGCUACGAGGAAGAGCGACAGGCUGCGACCGCGAAUACAUCGUCCUCUUCAGCAGCCUGGACGCUAAAGCAUAUGGAGGCGUACCUCAUAGGUAAACCAGAAGCCCCGUUACUAGUCCAAGUAGACCGUCGUAACGACCACGAAGAGCCGUGCUUGCUGGUGUCCGUGAGUUCGAUCCGCUCAGAUAUCCUGAGAAGGCUCUACCGGAAAGCAAGUUCCAGCAAACUUAAAAGGUUAAGGGAAAGAGGAGCUUUCAACCAGAUAGCAGAAGAUGUAGUAGUGUUGGCCAGCACUAGUGGACGAAGAUUAUCAGCAUCAUUACCUCCAUGAAGUCAAAGCAGAACACAAUACUGGUCGC